AUGGCGGCAAUUGACUCCCCCGUCACGAACGGGCACAAGUCCGACAAGAAGAGCAAAAAGGACAAGAAGGAGAAGAAGCGCUCGCGCGAGGAGGACGCUGUCGAGGGCGAGGAGCGCAAGCACAAGCGCUCCAAGAGCGUGGUGCCAAAGGACGAUGACAACAACAGCGACGAUGAUACCCCGGCCGCCUCGCAGGACCUCUCCGUAGCCGCCUCCACGACCAACGGCGAGCCCUCGUCCGAGAAGAAGCGCAAACACAAGAAGGACAAGCACAGGAAGUCGACAGACGAGGCCGAAGCCGAUGAGGACGCAUCCGAUGCCGAGCGCAAGGAGAAGAAGGACAAGAAGAAGAAGCGCAAGUCACAAGGCCUUGAAGAGGUCUCAGCCGAUACCCCCGCGAGCGAGAAGAAGGAGAAGAAGAGCAAAAAGUCCAAGGCGGCCGCCGUCGCUGAGCCAGAAGCAGCCGACGCCGACGACGAGAACGCGAUGGACGUCGAUGCCCCCGCGGAAACGAAAUCGACAUCCCGAGCCCACCAACCCCCCGACGCACCCUCCAAGCCGCAGUUCCCCUUCUACACCCAGACCGUCUCGCUAUAUCUCCCCAUCUACCCCAUAGGCUGGGACACGCCCUGCACCGCCGCCGCAACGCAGCACCUCGAGCCCCUCGUGAACCGCUACGUCCCCGACUUCAAGGGCGUCCUCCUCGCCUUCCGCAACAUCGCCGUCUCAGAGCAGCCCGGCCGCCGCGGCGCCGCCACCUCGGACAGCCAGCGCUGCGACCUCGUCUCCGUCGACGAGUACGCCGUCGGCUUCGGCUACGUCACCGUCGACGUCGACCUCUUCGUCCCCCGCCGCGGCGCCUGGAUGGAGGGCGUCAUCAACCUCGAGAACGAGGGCCACAUCGGCGUCGUGUGCUGGAGCAAGUUCAACGCCAGCAUCGAGUCCGCGCGCCUGCCGGCCGAGUGGCGCUGGGUGCACGCCGACUCCGCCGAGGCUGCGCAGUACGUCGCGGACCCCUUCGCCGCGGAGGAGGACGCCGCCGAGGCGCAGGCGGCCGAGGACGAGCACGGCGCCGUGAGCCAGAUCCACACCACGGGCUUCUGGGUCGACGGCGCCGGCGAGAAGGUCAAGGGCCGCGUCAGGUUCCGCAUCAAGGCCUUCGACGUCGGCGUCAGCGGCGACCACGGCUACCUCAGCCUCGAGGGCACGAUGCUCGACGCCGCGGGCGAGAUGGCGGCCGUGAAGCGCGACGCGGAGCAGGAGCGCCGGCGCAGGGUGGGCAAGAGCGGCGGCAUCCUGAGCAAGGAGCGCCGGCGCAUGCCCGAGUUCAGCGUAACCAAGUUUGGCGUGGUCGAGGACGAGGAGGAGAAGGCGCUGAAGCAGGAUGUGUGGAAUACGACGACCCCCGUGACGGAUGACGAGGGCGCGGGCAAGGACAAGGAGGCGUUUGCUGGCAUUGCGGAGGAAUAG